GCUAAAGGACCGGGGAGUUGCCCCAGCACCGGCUGCUUCCUUCCUGGCCAGGCUGCUGUUCCCCACCCUCCCCCACCCCACUCCCCGGGAACCGGGCGCCGCUUGAAUGUACAGCCUGAUGAUGGAGGGCGAGCUGCAGAGCCCGGGCCAUCCGGUCAGUGCCGCCGGUAACGGCACCCCGGUGCCCGCGGGCGGCACCAACGGCAAAGUGAGCGGCGAGCGGGUCAAGCGGCCGAUGAACGCGUUCAUGGUGUGGUCCCGGGGUCAGCGCCGCAAGAUGGCUCAGGAAAAUCCGAAGAUGCACAACUCGGAGAUCAGCAAGCGUCUCGGGGCGGAGUGGAAACUCAUGUCCGAGGCGGAGAAGCGCCCGUUCAUCGACGAGGCCAAGAGGCUGCGGGCGCUGCACAUGAAGGAGCACCCGGAUUAUAAAUACCGGCCCCGCCGCAAGACCAAGACCCUCCUCAAGAAGGACAAGUACUCGCUGCCCGCCGGCUUACUCUCCCCUGGCCCCGGGGCUCUGAGCUCUCCCCCGGGCUUGAACCAGCGGCUGGACGGAGCGGGCGCCUACGCUCACAUGAACGGCUGGGCGAACGGCGCUUACCCGGGCUCGGCGGCAGCGGCAGCGGCAGCGGCGGCGGUCAUGAUGCAGGACCCCCUCGCUUACAGCCAGCACCCGGCGCUGGCGGCGGCAGGAGCGGCGGCUGCGGGGGGAGCGGGAGGCGGAGGAGGAGGGGGCCCCGCCGGCGGGAAUGGCGCUGGUGGGACACCGGGUCACCACCACCAUCACCACCACCACCACCACCCGCAGCAGCUGCACCGCUACGACAUGUCCCUCCAGUACAGCCCCAUCAGUACACAGGGCUACAUGAGCGGCUCGCCCUCCUACAGCCCCAUCCCGUCCGGUUACAGCCACCAGGGAGCUGCCAGCCUCUCCCUGGGCUCGAUGGUCAAGUCGGAACCGUCCCCCAGUCCGCCGGUCAGCUCGCACUCCCGACCCCCUUGCUCCGGGGACCUGAGAGAGAUGAUCAGCAUGUAUUUGCCGACUGGCGGAGAAGCCGGGGACCCAUCCCAGAACAGACUGCUCCCUCUGGCUCAACACUACCAGAGCCCCAGCACGGCUGUUAACGGGACCAUCCCACUAACUCACAUGUGAACUCCCAGCUCUCGGCAAUUUGCUUUUCUUUUUGAUGUACUUGUAAAAAAAAAGAGAAUUCACCAACCGGAACUUGAUGCAGAGAGAGAGAGAAAAACAUCCCAUGAGAGAAGUUUUAGAAAUCUCUAUUCCGACUAUUGACUAAUCACAACGGAAUCAAAAUGCACGUGGUUUGAAAAUACUGGUGUAUUUCAUGGAUCUUGCCAGCCAUCAAAAUAUUGUUCAAACCGCGUUUCCAAAAAAAGCUAAUAACAUGGACAAUUUACUAAACUUUCUUUAACAGAACCAGGAAUCAGCCGGUUAUAUUUGAGUAUUCUUUAAAAUUUAAAACAUGUACAAAGUUUGACAUAACUGUUUUCAAAUCUUAAAUUCGGAUUAAUGUAACGAAUGCUGCACAGAGCAAGGUAAUUGCUUGUUAAGUUCAGUCGCACCGUAGGUUGUAACAAAUGCUAGUUACAACCAAACCACAAAUACCUUAGAG